AUGUCCACCUCUUCGGGUCCUGCGGAGACGUGGAUCUCGUCCUACUGCUCCACUGUCGGCCACGAAUACUUCGCUGAGGUGUCGGAGGAUUUUAUCGAGGAUGACUUCAACUUGACGGGCCUUCAGACCCAAGUCGCCAUGUAUAAAGAAGCUCUAGAGAUGAUUCUCGACGUAGAGCCAGAAGACGACGACGAAGAAGAAGAAGAAGAUGAGGAGGACGAUGAGGGCGAAUCCGGCGAAAAUCAAGAUCGCAUGAUUGCGAGGCAGGAACGGCGACACGCUACUCACAGCCGGAUGGCCAGUGACCUAUCCGUCAUCGAAUCCUCGGCCGAGUUAUUGUACGGCCUGAUUCACCAGCGAUACAUUUGCUCGAGAGCCGGUAUCCAGCAGAUGAGCGAAAAGUACGAGCUGGGUCACUUUGGCGCCUGUCCCCGCACCAAUUGCGAGAUGGCUCGAACUCUACCCGUCGGCCUGUCUGACAUCCCCGGAGAAGACACGACCGUCGACGGGUCUUUCUUCGGUCGCACCUUUGGUGCCCUAUUCCUCCUCACCUUCCCCGAGUACGAUCUCACGAAGCGCGGCGUCGAGUUCCUCUCCAACACGAGGAUCCAGGAAGGCUCGGAAAUUAUCAACGGCGUUUAUGCUCGAAACAUCGCCCCGGGCCUCGGACGCAACCGCAUUUACCAUCCCAAGAUCUACGGAUUUAGAGUCUCCGAGGUGUCCCGCUCCGGUCCCCGCAUGCAGUGGCUGAGGAACAGGCCCGAGAAUCUGACGGAACUUGACGAAGCCCGCCUCUACGCCGAGCACCACCCCGACACGGACGAGGACGAGGACAUGAUUUCGGGCGGUAAAGCGAUCGGCCGGCCCAGGCCGCCCGGGAAGCUCCGGAUUAAGAGGGAAGGCGCCAACGGUAGCCCGAUGAAUGUAGACACCAACGGCGUCGAGUCGGAGCUAUAG